AUGCAGGCUUGCCUGUCUCCGACACGCCGAUGGGCAGCUAGCAGGAGGCAGCCAAGGGACGAUGAUGAGGUGGUCACCCUCAAAGAAAGGGUACGGAGGACGGAGUACAACAAAAAACAGACCUCAGGCAUACGUGGAUGGAUGGAUGGUUCCCUUCUGACUAAGGAAUUCCUUCCCAUUAGGUUUUCCGCUAUUCAUUCUGCCAGGUGGCUGUUUUUGCACGCAUCACGCGAUAAGCAGCGGCCCCCCAAGCAAGCUGCCUGGCCUUACCACCACACCACCACCUCAUCAUCAUCCACCAUCCUUCUCGGUUCCUUUGAAUCUCUGAUGGUGGCUGACACACUCUUCGUAUGA